UUCAGCUACCGCCGCGGUGGUUUCGUUGGUGGAGGCGGCGGCGGUGGUGGCGUGAAGUAUAAAAUCAAUUGACAAUGCUGGAAAACCCUAGUUCAGAUGCUCCAGCUGCCACCGUCAAGCGAUACGCUCCACCGAAUCAACGGAACCGAUCACUUGGCAGGCGUAAAUCUGGUGGAGAUCGACUAGAACGGGCAAACAUCUAUGCGAAUGAUGUAGAUAGGAACCCAGUUGGUGCAACCAAAGGUGGUGGUCUCACAGAUCAUGGGGAUUUAGGCUACAAUGUUCGUGCCAAUGAAAAUCUUCGUGCAAAGUUAAUUCCUUUACAAGGAUGUUGUAACAGUGAAGCUUCUCAGCUGCUGAACAGCCGUUGGACAGCUGCCAUGAAUGCACAUAGCAGUUUGCCAGAAGAUUCAUCUGAGAGGCCAGUUGUGUAUGCAAGGAAGAAUGCUGCGCCAUGGGGUCACUCAAUUCUUCCACACCUGCUGAUCCAGCCUACUGGUGGGGUCUCUACUGGGUUGCAGGGAGAUUUCUUAAAUGAACUCCGACAGGCUAUGGAUAAUGCAAGUCCCUUCUCCUAAUCUGUUGCUCACCACCUAUAUGCGAUUAACUUUGCAUUUGGUGGAUUUGAUCCUUGAGCUGUAUGACUAGGAUUUGAUGUAUGUGCUUUAUGCCAUGCUGCCCCUUCCAAUGUAAUCUAUCCGCCUGGCACCAAUGUCGAAGAUGAUUCAGUGUUGUUACCUGCUUGUGUAUCAUAGGAUGCUAUACUUCUGUUGAAGUCCACGUUUCACCUUGUAAGACAAUCAGAUCUUGUCUUGUUCAGUAGCACUUGUUCUGAUCUAACAUUUGAUUAAACGAUUUUCAUCUUCCUUGGGAAGGGACCCUUAGGUUUGAAUAUAAUUAUUUUCCUA